AUGGCCUCCCACCGCAUCGGCGCGCGCGUCGCGGGCCUGUCGCCAGCGCAGCUGUGCGCCAUCAUCGAGGCGCAGGCGGGCGCGAGCGACGCCGCGCUGCGCGUGGCAGAGGAGCACGCCGCGCGGCUCGUGGAGCAGCCCGAGUGGGUGCUCUCCGAGGUCCUCCUCUCGCCGGACCUCGCCCCGCACAUCCUCGCCCAGCUGCCGACCAAGGAGCACGCCGCCAAGGGGACGAGACGCUGA